ACUCUAGCCCCUGAACUGCACCCGGACUGGAUGUUGAUGCUAUUCUUUACUCAUACACACUUGACAGUGACUGUCACUUUGGGGUUACUGCUUGUGCCAAAGUUCUUGUUUGCGGGUACACAUCUAAGGGAUGACAUUGCUACAGAGGCCUAUGAAGAUGAAUUGGAUAUGGGCCGGUCUGGGUCAUACCUGAAUAGCAGCAUCACGUCCGCCUGGAGUGAGCACAGUCUGGACCCAGAGGAUAUACGGACACCAGAGGAAAUGGGCCAGCUAUGUUCUAUUAAUGGCUGUGGCGUAAGGUCUUGCGACAGUCUUUGGGAAAAACGUACCAACGAAGAGCUGAAAAAACUCUACUCCCAGCUGGAGAUUUAUAAGAGGAAAAAGAUGCUGGCCAACAAUCCUCACCUACAGAAGAAGCGCAGCUCCAAAAAGGGCCUAGGUCGCUCCCUCAUGCGCCGCAUCACUGAGAUUCCGGAGACAAUGGGCCGCCAGUGUAGCCGUGAGGACAAGGACCUGGGUGAGCAUGGGAGUAACCGCAACAGCAUCUGUGUCUUGAGAAAAAACCCUUUCGACCCCUCACACUCUGUUAAGCCUGCCAAAGAUGAAUCCCUGAAGAGCAAAGUUUUCUCCCUUAAAAAGUCCCACAGCAGUUAUGACCAUGUUCGUGACCACAGUGAGGAUUCCAGCAGUUCAGUAACUGACAAGAUGGAAGUCGCAAACACAGAAGGCUCCCUUCUCGAAACCCUAAUGGGCAAGAAGCUGGUGAAGAAGUCCUCUGAGAAAAUUGAUGCAGCCAGUGAGUCAACAGAGUCCGUUCCUCUGGUGUGUAAGUCAGCCAGCGCUCACAACCUGACAGCUGAUAAGAAACCUAUUCACCCUAGAACAUCCAUGCUGCAGAAAUCUCUAAGCGUCAUUGCCAGUGCCAAAGAGAAAACACUUGGUCUAACAGGAAAGGCCCAAUUAGCAGAGGAUCCAACAAAGAAAGCUAAUCAAAAGAACAAGGAUGCCAAUACUCUAGCUGAAGCUGAGGAAAAGGAGGGUUAUCCAAAGAUGAUUGUCAGUCAGUCAGUGGAGUACAAGCAGACAGCUGCCAAAACUGGUAUAAUGAAGCAACAGAUGAGCGGAAGCCAGCCCUCAAUUUGCUCAGAAACAACCAAGGGGAAAGACCUGUAUGACCUAUCAGAGGUGUGCCCUUGGGAAGUGGAGGACUUGCCAACUCCCUCUGAAAACAAGGUCCAGAAACAUGUGUCUAUUGCCCCCGAGCAGACCACCACAGUCCAUGGAAGUAGCAACAAGGCGACAAAAUCACAACAGCAAAAGCAGAAAGGCACAGAGCAGUCACCCUCUGUGGCCAGGCCUCCAACCCAGAAAGCUUCUGAUAGAGCAGACAUAUGUCCGUGGGAGGAAGGAAAUGAGGACGAUGGUCAGGCAGUGGGGCCAAAACCUCACUCCAGUAGUAAGCCUGCCAUGUCCAAACCCCAGGCAUCCGGAGAGGUUGCCAAGGUUCUAAAAGCUGAGGUCUGUCCAUGGGACGUUGAGGAAGUGUCAAGCAAGCCAAAGGACUCUCCAGGGGAUUGCUCCCCUGAUCAGAGCAGACCAAGAAAGGACACCACACCAACUGAGAUCAAAGGGAAAAUAAGCUCCUCGCCUACUGAAGUCAAGGGCAAGGGUACAACACCCACAGAGGGUAAAGCAAAGAGUGUUUUUUCCGAGCCUACUAAAUCCACAGGCAGCACAUUACAGCCACCCUUUAAAGCAGAAGUGUGUCCAUGGGACUUUGAGACUUCAGGUCCAAUCCUGAAAAAAACCCCUGUUCCUCUCAGGUUUCUAAAACAAAGGAGACCCGUGCUAUAA